AUGGCCAUGAAAAUAGACGACGAGCUACCUCCUGAAAACGAAUUCGGAGACGGAGUUUCGUGGGCCCGAGGCCCGCUUCUGGGAAAAGGGGCUUACUCGCGCGUGUACAAGGCGACGCUCAAGGACGGCCGCUCUCAGUACAGCUGCCUCCCGCCGGAGAUGGCUGUGAAGUCCGCCGACGUUUCUUAUUCCGACACUCUCCAGAUGGAGAAGCACAUGAUGACCGGGUUGCUCCCCUGUCCCCAGCUGAUCCAGUGCUUCGGCGACGAGUUGACCCAGGGAGAAGGCGGCAAGAUGGCGUACAAUCUGCUUCUGGAGUACGCCGGCGGCGGGACCCUAUGCGACCGAAUGAACAAAUUCGGCGGCGACGGGCUGCCGGAGCACGAGGUGAAGAUGCACACGCGGUCCCUCCUCAGAGGCCUGAAUCACAUCCACUUGUCCGGAUACGUCCACUGUGAUCUAAAGCCCGACAAUAUUCUACUCGUGCCUCGACCCAGAAAAAGUGUAACCAGUCAAACCGAGUUCAAGGCAAAGAUAGGAGAUUUCGGCCUGGCAAAGAGGGCAAAACGGUCAAACUGCAAAAAGAGGAAAUUAUGGGAGGCUAAUUCUUGCAGGUGGCGGGGAACCCCUAUGUAUCUGUCCCCUGAAGCCGUGAUGGGCAGCGAGCAAGAGGCGGUGUCCGAUAUUUGGGCGCUCGGAUGUGUCGUGCUGAGGAUGCUGACGGGGAAGGAGCCGUGGGAAGGGAGGGACAAUGAGGAGAUCCUGGCAAAGAUAGGAACGGAGUCUGAAAUUCCAAAAAUUCCCAAGAAGGUGUCGAAGGACGCGCGGCAUUUUCUCAGGUGCUGUUUCGAGAGGAAGCCCCUGUACCGUUUGACGGCCGACCUGCUUUUGGAACACCCGUUUCUUGAUGGCUUGGGUAGUGACGAUGACUAUGAGUUUGAUGAGGAUUGUGGGUCGGUUGACGUGUUUGAGUUUGAGAGUGAUGUGGACGACGAGUUAAGCUGUGACAAUAUUAAUAUUGGCUCCUUUGACUCGAAUUCAGAUUCGGAUUCAGAUUCGGAUUCGGAUUCAAACGACGAGCCCUGGUGCUGUUCUUCUGUUGGAAGCGAGGUGCCCUCGAGAUACGGACGACACUAUGCGGUUGGUCAGAGUAAUAAUGGUCCUGCAGUGAACUUUAUGAGGCUACUUGUGAAUUGA